AUGACCGCGUCCUCGCACGAUUCAGGUCGGAGCCCGUUGAUGAGCCCCUUCUGCAGCGGCUGGAGGAAACAUGCAACGGACGGGGGGAGCACCGCACAAGAGGAGGCGGGACGAAUGGCAUUGCAACAUUUUUUCCGCCGCGGCAUCGUCUUCUCCCACAGGGAUUUUGGAGCCGCCCUUGACUGCGUGCGUGCGUCCUUUGCGACGGGGACACACCGCGCGUACUUGUACACUGGUCGUGGACCGAGCGCGCAGUCGAUGCACAUUGGCCAUGUCAUGCCGUUUUUAUUGACGCGGUACCUGCAGGAUGCGCUCGGUCUUCCGUUGGUGAUCCAGAUAACCGAUGAUGAGAAGCACUUCUUCCGCGACAUUCCCGUCAGCGGGGAGAGGGCGAGCGGGUUGGUGGUGGAGAACAUAAAAGACAUCAUUGCCUUUGGCUUCGAUCCACGCAAGACAUUUAUAUUCCGCAACACGAUGUACAUGGGGGACAUGUACCCAACUGUCGUGCAGGUGCAGCGCAUGUUGACGCUGAGCGCUGUGAAGAAUGCAUUUGGCCUGAAGGAUAGCGACAAUGUUGGAAAGGCAGCCUUUCCAGCGGUGCAGGCCGCACCGUGUUUUAGCAGUGCCUUCCCCCGUGUGCUACGACGGCUAGCUGGGGACCCGCCGCUGAAGUGCAUCAUUCCCUGUGCAAUUGAUCAGGACCCUUUUUUAAUCUCUGGCACGCAACGUCGCGCCGC